AUGGGCAGUUUAUUCGGCAUCGGUGGAGCAGGCUUUACUGGUUACAAGAUGGUUCGACGGGUGGGCGAAUUGGAAGAGUUCAAGUUCGAACGAAUGUCUGAGGGCUGCAGUCUGCACAUGACCAUUGCCGUCAGUGGAUGGAUCAACGAGGAACGCGAAGAUGCGUUCAGGUGGGCAUGGCGAUACUUGGCACUUAGCGAAGAACAGUACUGCGUGCGUUACGAGUCAAAGUACUUGCUGGAAUUGGGCAAGGCGAUGAACUACCUGAUGUCAUACGUCGUCAACUACGCCAUCGAGCAGGCUUUGAUGGACACUGCAAUCGGAGGCAUCGUUUCUGCAUUGGCAUGGCCAAUGGCCCUGUUGACCGUUGCCAACGUCAUUGACAACCCGUGGAGCCUCGGCAACCGGCCUGUGACCUUGCUAGGGUUCAGUCUGGGAGCACGUGUCAUUCACAAGUGCCUACAGGCGAUGGCGAAACGCAAGGGCUGCGAAGGAAUCGUCGAAGAUGUCGUUCUACUUGGUGCUCCCGUGAACAGAUCCGUAAACGAUUGGAAGACGAUCUUGCCGGUCGUCAGCGGACGGAUUAUCAACGGAUAUUCAAAAAGCGAUUGGCUGCUGAAGUUCCUCUACCGUACCAUGAAUAUACAACCUUGGAUCGCUGGAAUAGGACCCGUCGAAAACGUCAGUAACAAAGUGUCCAAUAUUGACCUGACGGACAUUGUCAGAGGGCACCUCGAUUAUCAACAUAAGUUACGUGAAGUGCUUGAAGCGAUUGAAAUCCCGGUUUUGCCGUUCACUGCCGCCAUCGUUCCCGUACUCCCGCUGGAGAAUGGUCCUGCAUCUGACGACAGUACUGCAUCCUCCCGGUCACAUUCCCAGGCAACGUAGGU